AUGGUUCGUCGUAAAGCCACUGCGAGAUCAUCCCAAAGUAGCGACAGCGCAAGUCAAACUGAGGUGAUAGUCAAAAGAAAUCGCAAACAAGUUAAUAGAAAUUAUGUUAUCCAAGAGAUUCGUAAGCUACAGAGAUUGACAAAAUUAUUAAUACCAAGAGCUCCGUUUGCUCGUCUUGUUCGCCACAUCAUCAGGGAUUUAUUUCCACUACUCAAUAUUCAAAGAAUACAAUAUUCAGCGUUGGAAGCUCUACAAGAAUCUGUCGAAAUGUAUUUGGUGCAAUUUUUCGAGGAUGCUAUUCUUGUGAGUCUGCACUGCAAUCGUGUAACUGUCAUGCAGAAGGAUAUUAUUUUGGUCAGAAGAUUGCGUGGCCGCGGUGAUAUUAUCAAUAGAUAG